GAAAUACCGAUCGAGCGCAGUCCUGUUGAGCUACCACUGAAUGCACGAAACGUGAACGGAAUCAUCUCGUUUAUCAUAAAAUACUCACAGAGGUGAAAACUCGGACUUGGAGCUAGCUGGAAUGACAGAAACGCUGCGUAACGGAGACCGCACGCCUACAAUGACCAGGGACUGGUGCGCUUUGGCACCGGAGGGAAGCGCCAAACUCCACUGACGAGCUGAGCAUCAAUUUAGACAAAAACUAGCAAAGUAUAAGGACUGAGUAUGUUUCCACGGACUAGCUCCCCGAAUGUAAAUGUGCAAUUUUCAACUUCAACUCCGGAAUAAGGUGUAGAAAGUGUUCGUGUUGUGCUCGUUUUGCUCCCCCCUCAACCGUGCCAAUGCUGGAAUGGCUUGUGGCUCUGUGCAUUGUGAUCCUGGUGGUCUUAAUCUGGCCAGGCUACAAAUAUUUUGGUGCCGAGCGCCAGCAAGAUGCUCUGCUUCAAGGACUGGGGAUUUCACAGCAGGUAGCGAAAGACAAGAGCGGGAGGUGCGUCUCGGACCGAGAGGGGAGCGACGGUGGGCAGCUGGCCUGUGUGGGAGCUGUGACCGGGGAGAAAACACGCACCGUGGCGCUCAUAUGCAAACCGUCCGCGCUGGCCAACUACCUCCUGAAACACUGCCGGACUUUCAGUAAUUACUCCCCGUGUGUCGGCUGGACGUGGCGGGCCAGCGCCUUCCUCCAGAGCGUGUACGAAGCGUGCUGGCCGUACGAGAGUCCGGUCCAGUUUGUCCGGGACAACCUGCAGCUGAGCGAUGACGGGCUGGUGGCCUUGGACUGGGCAGUGCCAUCCUACCAGAAACGCCGCAGGACUUCUAGUCAUUCCACCAGCCCGGUUCUUCUCAUCAUCCCAAACUCUUUUGGGAAGAUCACCAGAAAUGUGUUGAAGUUAUGUGAAAUGGCACUGUCCCAUGGCUACCUCCCAGCAGUUUUCAACCGCCGCAGCCACAACAGCACCCCGCUCACCACCCUCAAACUGCAGCAGUUCGGUGACCCUGCCGAUCUGCGCGAGGCCGUGCGCUACAUUCGCUACCGACAGCCCGCAGGAAGGCUGUAUGCGGUGAGCGAGGGCUCCGGGUCGGGCCUCCUCCUGUCUUACCUGGGGGAGUGUGGAUCAUCGAGCUAUGUGACGGCGGCCGUCUGCCUGUCACCCGUGUUUCGCUGCCAGAGCUGGUUCGAGAGCGGACUGUGUUGGCCCCUGCAGUGGGCGCUCGUACUGUACCAGAAGAUUUGUCUCAGCAGGUACAGGACAGCACUGGGUGAGACCAUGCAGACAGACACCCUGUUUUCUAGCUGUUCUUUACGAGGCCUGGAGGAAUCGUUGUUCUGUCAGACUGGACAGGUGGGAUCUACACCAGCUGCGCCUACAGGAAGCAGCAGUAGCAGCAAUGCGACAGGUGCCUGGGAUGCUUACUGGGAACGCAACGAACCCUUAAGAGAUGUGGACGAAGUAGCAAUUCCUGUUCUGAGCGUGUGCGCUCGGGAUGACCCUGUCCGUGGAGACACCCAAUCCACGAUACCCCUGGAGCUCUUUGAGACAAACCCACAUUUUUUUCUGCUCCUAACUGACCGUGGAGGUCACUGUGGUUUUUCCACCCAGUCUGAGGAGAGUGCUGGUGCAUUGGGUGCAGUCGGUCCUGCAGCUGCACCAAACGGUGGGAUGCAGAACCAUGGGGCCAACUGGAGCCACAGAGCUCUGCUAGAAUUCUUCAGGGCAACCACAGACUUCUUCAAUGCAGAGGAAAGAGCGAAACAGCUUGCUGCGAGGAGGAGGGGGCUGGGCGGAGGUGCAAUAGGGAGGGUUUUCCGCCACCGCAGCGUCAGUACUUGUAAACGGGUGCCAGUGUGUUCCCAUAAUAUUCAUGCCAUUUACAACUGGCAGAGGUCUUACACACGAUGAGGGAGCUCAAUAGAAGUUAACCCUAUUCAGGACUUUCAUGUUUCCAUACGUAGAAGGUCUUUCGAGGUCCAUUGGGCCCC